UUGCUUCCACUCAUAUUGAGAGCCUUUGCCCAUUUUCUCUCUAAAAACACAUCCAAAACUACAACUUUUGAAGAAUAUCAAAAUUAACUGAUUAAAGUAAAAAGAAAAUGGUUAGAGCUCCUUGUUGUGAGAAGAUGGGGUUGAAGAAAGGGCCAUGGACUCCAGAAGAAGAUCAAAUUCUCAUAUCUUAUAUUCAAUCAAAUGGUCAUGGCAAUUGGAGAGCCCUCCCUAAACUAGCCGGACUAUUGAGAUGUGGGAAGAGUUGCAGACUCCGUUGGACAAAUUAUUUGCGUCCAGAUAUUAAAAGGGGAAAUUUCACAAGAGAAGAAGAAGAUAGCAUUAUUCAAUUACAUGAAAUGCUUGGCAAUAGAUGGUCUGCAAUAGCAGCUAGAUUACCUGGACGAACCGACAACGAAAUUAAAAAUGUAUGGCACACUCACUUGAAAAAAAGGCUUAAAGAUUAUCAGCCUCCUCACAACUCCAAAAGACAAUCAAAAAACAACAAUGAUUCCAAAGCUCCUAGUACUUGUCAAAUUACCUUGAAAAGUUCAAACAAUUUUAGCAACAUCCAAGAAGACGGGCCCGGCCCGAACUCGCCACAAUUGUCGUCUAGCGAGAUGUCAACUGUCACGGCCGAUUCACUAGCCGCGACUAUAUGCGUCACAAAUGAUGGUGAUCAGAUGGACUCGUAUGAAAAUUUUAUCCCGGAGAUCGACGAAAGUUUCUGGACAGAUGAUUUAUCCACGGCUACUAAUUCGAAUUUCGAUAUGACGGGUGAAGAAUUGCAACUUCAAUUUCCGCAACAAAGUGUGGAGAUGGACGUUGGAGUUAAAUUAGAGGAUGAUAUGGACUUUUGGUACAAUGUUUUUAUAAAGUCUGGGGACUUAUUAGAGUUACCAGAAUUUUGAGGGGUCAAUUUGGAUGUACUAUAAAACUUGGAAGUAGUGGAAUGCCAACUAAUUAUUGGUAUUUUGGGAUUUUUCGGAGUCGACAAGUUUGAAAAUUCUUGUUUGUUUAUUGACUUUAAGU